AUGGGCGAGGGCCGGGCCGAUGGCGAGGACGCCGCGUCAAGGAUGCCGAACUCUAUGCAAGCCAGUUGACUCAAUGAGCGUAAAGAGACUUUUCCUCCGCUUGCUCAGUAUAGCGAUGGGCGGAACAAGGCCCUUAAGCAAAUGCUGCAGCUUCCUGCGCAGAGAACUGGAGUCAAAUCCCGGAGGACGUCCGAGUGUCUCAAUGAAACCUCCCCUUCUUUCGUUGUGAGGGCCCCGCCCGGCAGCUGAAUCCCGGCCUCAGGUCCAGCCGACCCUCUGCCCGGGACAACACCCAAUCCCUGCCCCUCCGCAGAGCAUGGCCCCGCCCCCUCGCGGCGAUUGGCCGGCGGCCCGCUCGGCUCCGCGAGAAGGCAUGGAGAAGGUGCAUCGCCCAAGGAAUGGCGCCCGCGGGCUACUGCGCAUGCUCGCGCCGUGACCCCGGUCUGAGGUGACCGCUCGAACUCAAGCAGGGGGCCCCGGCGCUGAGGCUGAGGGACCCGCUGCGGCUCUGUCGCCAGAGAGGGAGGGCCCCGCUGUCGUCGGUCAGAAGUCAAGUGGGAUUCUCUGACACCUCCACAUCCCGGUCACCGCCCAGCUAGGGCAGUGCCAGCGCCAGCUUGGACACAAGGACGGAGCCCCUGGACUCGCAGUUUCCUUGCCAGGGAGGAGGAGAAAUCCAUCUGCCUGGGACUGAGUGUGGCCUGAGGGACAGGCCAUCGGUCCUGGAAUGCCCCUGCCCGAGGCCAGCGAGCAGGAGGGCGAGGGCGUGAAGCCCGGCCAGGAGCCAUCCGUGAAGCCUGGCCAGGAGCCAUCUGCUGAUCCAGGCACAGAUGUCGUCCCGGCAGCCCCCAGGAAGCCCAGGAAGUUCUCCAAACUGGUCCUGCUGACAGCCUCCAAAGACAGCGCCAAAGUGGCCGGGGCCAAGCGCAAAGGCGUGCACUGCAUCAUGUCCCUGGGAGUGCCUGGCCCUGCCACCCUUGCCAAGGCCCUCCUCAAGACCCACCCCGAGGCCCAGCGGGCCAUCGAAGCAGCCCCCCAGGAGCCGGAGCAGAAACGCAGCAAGCUGGAUGCGGACGCUGAUGGAAAAGAAGCCGGCAGGUUAGCAGGGGGGCCUCCUUCCGAGCGAGGGGAGGAGGCUGCCGCCCACCCUGAGGCGCCCAGCACGUCCCCAGAACCUUGACAACGUGGGCGUCAUCCCCGCUGGUCAGCCACCUGGGCCGCCGGCUCCAUUCUGACCACAUGGCUCUGGGGCCCAGUCCUCGACAGAUGUCCACUUUCAACAUCAUGUAAUUUGUUAUUUUGUUUUUUGACCAAGUGUAAAUUACUUUUGUAAGCAGGAAAAAAAUUCAAAACAGAAUAAAAGAAGCUGUAUGUUAGAUGCCAUCA